AUAGAUACCCGAGGGCCCCCAGCCGCCGCCUGCCCAUUUCUCAUCUGCGAACUCUCCAGCUGGAACUCUCUCUGUCUCUCUCUCUGCUUCUCAGAAUCCUAAUGACAGAUACUACUGAUGAUGUCACUGUAACAUCAGUUGAUAAUUCAUUUGGGAAGCUUCCAGAUCAUCUUCUGAUAGAAAUUUUUGUUAGAGUUCCUGUCUCAGAGUGGGCACAGAUAUCUUGUGUUAGGAAGCAUUGGGCCAAUAUAUUUCGAGGAGAAUGUUUGUGGCAAUCUGCUGUUAACAGGACUUUUCCUUCUGCAAGCCAAGCUAAAAGGUGGCCUGGACCAAUCCCUCGGGGGUUGAGCAAAAGGAGGUAUACAGCAUUAUAUGUCAGUAAACAGAUCUUUGCACUUGACAGUGAGAUAGGUGAGAUUGUUGGACAUACUUAUUUGUUUCUAAAAGAGCAGCUUGAACUUUCAACAAUGCCACCGCCUUCUGGGAUACUUCACGGAACCAUAAUUGAUCAAUUUAUUGCUUGUGGCAAAUCAAGGGACAUUGCCCACGAGCUUGCUUCGGAAAUCUGGCUGGCUGUUCUUGACAAUAUGGAGGAAAAUCAGCACACAUUUCUUUUACUCAAGUGUCUUGCACAAGAGAGUGAUGUUUUUCUUCCAUAUCCGUACUCCAGAUCGUUUAAAGUCCAGUGGAGGGUGUUUGAGAAGCUCUUCACAGAUUUCCGUGACUGCUUUAAUCAUGUGGAAUAUUACGAUGUGUUGGCAUGCGCUAAGAACAAGUUUCAGCCUAUACCGUCGACUUGGUUAGGUUACUAGUCCAAUUCAAGCAAGGUGUCCAGGAAUAAACAAAUAAUUGUAUAUAAGGGUUUGUCUUACCUAGUGCACUGCUUUACCAUCCUCUUCAGAAACGUGGGGUGAUUGUCUCCAUACUCUUGCCUGAUAAAAUGGAAUUGUAUAUUUGUGUGUUCAUUGUUGCAUGUUGGGGGAGGAUCCAUGUCUUGCUAUUCAAAGGCAAUCCAAAGUUUGCAGAAUGCCAUGUCCGCGUUUUCCAUUCUUCUUUGUCAAGGAAUUAAAAAUAUUUUCAAUGCUGUUGUCAUAAGCUCACAGACAGAUUUGGAAAGUGGAAUCAACAUUUGUGGAA